AUGUCGUCGUCUCUGCACGGCACAAUCCACUGGCUCGAGAUCCCCGUCAUAGACGCCGCUCGAGCCGCAGCCUUCUAUACCUCCAUCUUCGGCUGGGAAUGCACGACUUUCGACCCGUCGUUCUCGUCCACCUCCGCCUCCACCAACGGCAGCAGCAGCCCCGCAAGUACAAUACACAUGUUCCGGAAGGGCGCCGCCCUCAACGGCGCUUUCAUCCAGGUGCCGGAGAACUGCCUGGUCCAGGCGUGGGGAUCAGGCGGCUCGGGCGGCAGAGUCAACAUGGCGAUCCUGACGACAUUUACUGUGGACAGUAUUGAGAGGACACUGAGUAUGGUCGAGGGCUUGGGUGGGACGGUGCACCUGCAGAAGACGGCUAUCGGAGGCGACAUGGGAUAUCUGGCUAGGUUUGUCGACUGCGAGGGCAAUCUUCAGGGCAUUUGGGCCCCGAACUGA